CGCAAGGGUCAGUCGAUUUUAUAACGAGACGCGUGAAAUGUGUUUUACUUACCUUGUAAAUAUCCGGAGAAAGAUGUUUUGUGCCAAGAAUCCAAAAGUGGUUGAAGGCAAAAAGAUUACCAUUUGGCCGCAAUGGCUGGCUGCUUUCACAAUCAGUCUAGAAGCCAUUGUUAGCGGUCUGGCGAAUGGUUGGGCUUCACCAUAUUUAGCACAACUAACAUCAGUGGAGGCGGAUAUUCCUUUGAAAUUGACCGAUACCGAGGCAUCUUGGGUGGCAUCCCUUCUAAACCUCGGACGUCUAAUGGGGGCGCUCUUUGGUGCUUUUUGUCAAGAGUAUGUCGGACGAAAAAGGGUGAUCCUGUUAUCGAGCUUGCCAUUAGCCUCCAGCUGGGUCUUCAACAUCUGCACCACGUCAGUCUCGUGGCUCUACCUUUCCAGAUUCUGUUCCGGAAUCGGAUCGGGCAUCCUGUGGCCUGCGAUGUCCUUGUAUCUCGGCGAGAUCGCAGACCCUUCUAUACGAGGCUCUCUGAUAUCUAUGAAUGUGAACGCAGCAUCCAUGGGUGCGUUUCUAGGCAAUGCGAUGGGUCCUUAUCUGUCUAUGGAGAUGUUCGGCUAUGUGAGCCUCGUGCCGAAUAUCCUCUUUGUGGCCCUCUUCAGUUUGAUACCCGAGUCGCCCUACCAUUACGCUCUUCACGGCGAUAUCGACGAGGCCGAGGCAUCUCUCAAGUGGUUCCGACGAGAAACUGACAUCAAGGCCGAGCUGCAGCAGCUUCAGGAUUUCGUCGACGGUGCUAGCACCGGUAUUCUGACGAAACUUAAGGAUUUUCUAUUACCAGUGAAUCUGAAAAAUGCCCUAAUCAUGUUUGGUCUAAAUGUCUUCGUCUACGCGAGUGCAUACAACACGAUGAGUUCUUAUGCGGAAAUCAUCGUCUUUAAUUCUGGGGUAAGCGUCACGCCGUCGAUCGUGGUAAUGGCGUUGGGUUUCUCCACAAUUGUCGCUGGUUUUACCGCUAUCCUGGUAGUGGACAUACUUGGCCGGAAAAAUCUGCUGAUCGUUUCCAGCAUCGGUGUCACCAUUUCCCUCGCUGCUCUUGGUCUGCACUUUUAUCUUCUUUCUCUGAAUUUCGAUCCUGAGAAGUUGACAUGGUUGCCGAUCACAUCGUUGCUAGCAUUUAAUAUCUUCGUAUCUUAUGGCUUGAUCCCGGUACCCUCCACUCUUCUGAGCGAGAUGUUCCCGGCGAAUCUCAAGAAUUUGGCGUCUCUUUGCAUUGCCUCAGGUAAUGCCAUGUUAUCCUUCGUAUUCGCCAAAACCUAUCAGCCUUUUAUCGAUGUGGCUGGAGAAACAAUCGUCUUCUGGAGCUAUGGGUUUAUCGUACUUACAGCAGUGCCCUAUGUAUGGUAUUUGAUCCCAGAGACGAAGGGCAAGAGUUUGCUGGAGAUUCAACAAUCCGUUAAGCAAUAAAACUAUCGCAAAUUAUAAAAAUCAAAACUUCGAUAAAAAAAUUAAUUUAAUAUUUUUAUGAUUCUCAAGAAAUCUAAAAGAUAAUCAAUUUCGAUAUCCAUCAAAAAUUCUAUAGUUUGUGAAAAAGGUACUAAGGUAUUUCUAAUAGAUUUUUUUUAAAAUAAUCUUUCAAUAUAAAAUUAAAUAUACAACAUAGAAAA